AUGUCCCGUCAUCUUACGCUUCUCAACGCCGUCAAAAAGCUGGAGAUGCCCUCGCUGGGCCUGGGAACAUAUCUGAUGAAGGGAAGCGAGGGCAGGCUAGCGGUUGACAAGGCCUUGUUCUACGGGUACCGGCAUAUAGACACUGCUAGACGAUACGAUAACGAAGAUGACGUUGGCGAUGUGGUGCAGGCAAAGGUCAGACAUGGGGCUCUGAAACGUGCAGAUCUUUUUAUCACCACGAAAAUUCCGUCCGUUUAUUUUGCACCAGCAGACGUUAAAGCGAGCUUGGAAGAAUCUUUAGAGGCUCUUAAAACCCCUUAUGUGGAUAUGCUGUUACUUCACUACCCAUGGGGAAAUAAGAAUCGUGGUGACGGCAUUCAUUUACCAGUUAAUGCUCAAGGUGAACGAGAGCUGGAGAAUUAUGACUUAAACAAAACCUGGACAGCCAUGGAAAAAGUGGUGGAUAGCGGAAAGGCAUUGGCGAUCGGAAUGUCAAACUUUUCUAUUCGAUUAAUGGAGGGUAUAUGGCAGAAUGCCAGAAUCAAGCCAGCAAAUUUGCAGUGUGAAUGCCAUGUGUACCUACAACAACAGAAUCUUCUACGCUACUGUAAAUCCAGGAAUAUGGUCAUGACAGCUUAUGCCCCUUUUGGUGCACCAGGUUUACCAAAGAGAGCUCCGAACGAACCAUUCCCAUUGGAGGAUGCGAUUGUGAAAAACGUAGCAAAGAAACAUAAACGCAGUGCAGGGCAGGUGUUGCUUCGUCACAUGCUCCAGAGGAACAUUGUCGUAAUUCCCAAAAGUAGCUCUGAGAAGAGAAUACGAGAAAAUAUUGAGGUUUACAAUUUUGAACUGGACGAAAGUGACAUGCAAAACCUAAACAAACUGGAUCGAAAUUUAAAAUUGUUCCCUUUUGAAUGGGCUAAAAGACAUCCCCUUUAUAUGCCUGGUGAGGAAUUCUAG